AUGCAGUUUUUCAUCUUCUUAAUAUUAUUAUGUACCUCCAGUGUGAUUAUUGUCAAAUUGAAUGAGGCUCAUUUCUAUGGACCUGCGAUUAAGGCCGUUCAUGAUAAAUUUGAAGCUAAUGGAGUGGCGAUCACAGCGGGAAUAAACCACCUAUCAUUUGAACAAUUAACAGUUUGGCAUGAGACAUCUAGGUUUUUAUCGAAUGAAGGGAUAUCAACACUCAUCGUUAGCUUUCAGCAAUUGAGAGACAUAUGGAAAACUCAGCCCACUUAUACUACAAGCUCGCUAAUCGUGAUCGCGUUUGAGACAUUUGAAGAAUUGCAUACUUUCGAAUUAAUCAUUAAAACAUUUCACAUGAAUUAUGCUGUUUGGUUGAUAUUUUUCAUGAGAGAUGCUGACCGGGAAGUCUGUCACUUUUGCCGCAAUCCGCACGGAACCAUAGCAAAUCUGAAGUUCGGUACAAGAAUCCUUAUCUCAUGCUGCGACUCAAACAUGAUUGAAGAAUGGUGGUCUAUCGGAGAAAACCUUCCCAAAAGGCAGGAAAUUGGGCGAUUAAUGGAUGAAAAUUUUACGAUUUCGUGGUUUUCGGAUGAGUUGAUGAACGGCGAUAAAUAUUCACUGAAGGGAGCCUCAUUGCGCAUAACCGCCGUCACGCAAUCAGUUUUCUUUAGAAAGAAAGAUGGGCAGAUUUAUGGAUUCCUAGCUGAAUAUUUGAAGGAACUAUCUCGAGCAAUGGAUUUCAAGGUAUCGGAAAUAAUCUGGGAAGAAGACUUCGGUGUUUGUAUUACAGGAAGUUCAGAUUGCACUGGUAGUAUUGGAAGAGUUCAGCGAGAAGAGGUAGAUCUGGGUGUUGCUGCCUUUUCUGCGACUGUUGAACGACACAAUUUAGUUGAUUUUACGCUUCCCAUUAUAACUGGAAAUUAUGAAAUAUAUUUCAGUAAAUACGACGUUAUUAACGUAAGGUGGAACGCGUAUUUCAAGCCAUUCGCAGCGGAUGUUUGGAUUGUUAUCAUUUGUUCAAUACUGAUGACGGCUAUAUUCUUCACUCUUAUCAGAUACAAGAGGGAAUCUCCGUUUUUUCCGCUUUUCGCUGACCAUUAUCUUCAUAUGUGGGGAAUUCUUUGUCAUCAAAGCGUGCCAGCAUUUCCCAGGGAGGCUCCUUUAAGAAUUGUCUAUUUGACGAUGGCGCUAUCAGCACUCGUCAUCUCAAGCACGUAUGCUGCGUCGCUGACCAGCACCCUCACGUUAUCUUUGUAUUCACCCUUCAAUACAGUAGAGGAAUUUGUGGAAGAUGGCACGUAUGAACUCAUCGUGUUGGACAGCGCUCUCAUCAAUGAUAUGUAUAAAUUCUCCGACAAAAAACUCAAGAAGAAGAUGCUGUCUCUUUUGAGAUCAGAAGAUUCGCUUCCUAAGAGCCCUCAGGAAGCAUUUGAAGAGGUAUGCAGAACGAGAGUAGCUUUCUUUACGCACGAAGCUACGAAGAAAGCUCUAUUCGAUUUGAUACCUUGUGAAAUUAGUUUCAUAAGGAUUAAUAUCACGAACCCCAUGUCAAUGAUCACCCCUCGGGGCAGCAAAUACACGGAAAUCAUUAACCAUCAUAUCUGUCAAUUCAAAGAGGUCGGAUUAUUGCGACGAUUGGAAAACAAGUAUUUCAUAAAGAUGGAAAACGACCAAACUGUGCAUGCGCCAAUCAGCCUUCAAGCAGUUAAAUCAAUUUUUAUGAUUUUGGUAACUGGUUGUUUGCUUGCCUCCAUCAUUUUCAUCAUCGAAUUGAAAUUAUAUACGUAUUGCAAGAAUUUAUGUGAUCAAAGAAGGCGGAAAACGCUUUUGGGAAAACGGGGGAAAUUUCCCUUCUCAAUGUACAAUUUUGUUAUUCGAAAAUUUCCAUAG